UAAGCAUCAUAGGAUAAUUGCACUACAUUCACCUCUCUUCCCCUCAACUCAAUCCAUAUCUUCUUCCAACUCAAAACCAAAAUAUAAUUUGCAUUCAUCCCCAACACCCAAAGCUCCAUAUUCCCUAUCUUUACCCCCCAAUUUUCCUAACCAAAUCCAGCAAAACCCAGCUCUUGAAUUCAUUAUAGUGUGUUUCUGUAAUUCUCUCACCCAUAAAAUACUUAAAAACAGACCAGAAAAUAAUGAGGCCUAAAUCCCACCCAAUCCUCAACCUUAAGUUCCUCAUUCUUGGCGUCUUUACGGCGUUCUUCCUCCUCUUUGUGCUAAGAUCAAAUUUUUCAACUUCCGUGCAAAGUGAGUCUCCCAUUUCACCAACUUUCAUACCCAAAGAUUCGGUUAUUACCAAAGAUGCAAAAGCAGCAAACUGCUCAACUUGCACCAAGAUCCCACCCAGCCUAGCUCAAGCACUCAUCCACUACUCAACUUCAACCAUCACCCCACAACAAACACCGAAAGAAAUAUCAGUGUCAGCUAGAGUCUUAGAAAAGAAGUCACCAUGCAACUUCUUGGUUUUUGGCUUAGGCCAUGACAGCCUAAUGUGGAGUGCACUCAACUAUGGUGGCCGGACUAUUUUCCUUGAAGAAGAUGAGGCAUGGAUACAGCAAAUCAGACACCGGUUUCCCAUGCUCGAGUCCUAUCAUGUCACUUAUGAUAGCAAGGUGAAUCAGGCCAAUAACCUCAUGGAAGUUGGCAGGGGACCUGAGUGCACAGCACUUAGUGAUCCUAGAUACUCAAUGUGUCAACUUGCCUUGAAAGGUUUGCCUAGUGAAGUUUAUGAAACAAAAUGGGAUUUGAUUAUGGUUGAUGCACCAACAGGUUAUUAUGAGGAGGCACCAGGAAGGAUGAGUGCUAUAUAUACAGCUGGGAUGAUGGCAAGGAACAGGGAAGAUGGAGAAACUGACGUGUUUGUACAUGAUGUGAAUAGGGAAGUGGAGGAUAAGUUCUCCAAGGCAUUUCUAUGUGAAGAUUACAUGAAGAAACAAGUAGGCAGGUUAAGGCAUUUUACUAUUCCUAGUCACAGAGAUGACUCUGACAAGCCCUUUUGCCCACAAUAAUUUUUCUUCCACUUGUAUUUUUUUGCCUGAUCCAUGUUCAUCCUUUUGAGGGACAUUUGGCUGAAUUUGUUUGAAAUUUCAAUGACAAAAAAGAAUAUAGGUUUCCUAUGCUAUUGGGCUAAAUUUUGAAUGCCUAUGCCAAAUAAUACAUGUGAUCGACCUUGGCUAGUCUAUUGAGGAUUCAUAGCCCAUCCCAAAUUUUGGGACUACAGCUUGGUUGUUGUUGUUGUUGUUUGGGUUCUCGUGAUUGUAUUAGAGUUUAUAGAACUAAAAUAAGAGCGGAAAGGUGUACAUUUCCCAA